AUGAGGCACCCCAUAGAUAUUCUGGAGGAAGCUGGUAUCUCCCUGAAGCCCUCAAAUGGAACAACAGUGGAAAAUAAAUCCAGUCUAGAGAACUUUGUGUCUCACUUGAAGCAGUUUAUGUGCAAGCCACUGGUCAACAAAGAAAGAGAGAAGUCCAGCUGUAGACUGUGUCCUCAGAACUGGAACCUUCACGAGAACAAAUGCUACUGGAUCUCCAAAGAAAGGCAAACUUGGCAUAAUAGUAAAGAAGACUGCAUAGCUAAACAAUCUCGGCUGUUGGUAAUACAGAAUCAGGAAGAAGUGACUUUUAUACAAAGUAUUAUGGAAGGAGCACAGCUGCUGUGGAUUGGAUUGAAGGCCAUAUCUCCUGAAAGAAAAUGGACCUGGUUGGAUGGCUCCCCCUUGGAUGAUAAAUUAUUGCAGGAACUAGGUCCAGUUGCAAACUUCUGUGGGAGACUGAAUGGGAACCAAAUCAUUUCUGAAGAUUGCAACACAAUAACCACAUGGGUCUGUGAGACGGCAGCUCUCUUAUUAUAAACAUCCAGUAUUGCUGAGCA